AUGAGGACCGGAUUCCUCCUCGUUAUUGCGCUCAUUGCUGAGGCAUUUUCUCAGUCACCAGAUCAAUUCGCACCGGCUGGGCCCGGUGAUAUACGCGGUCCUUGCCCUAUGUUAAAUGCUUUAGCAAACCAUGCUUUUCUGCCGCACAAUGGACAGAAUAUUGAUGAAAAUACUACGGCCAAGGCCCUGGAUACGGCAUUGAAUAUCCCACCGGAAUUUGGAAAGUUGCUACACAAGGCGGCAGUUCGAACUAACCCGAAUGGUAACCUAACGAAUUCGUUCAAUCUCGACCAUCUUGCUCGCCAUAAUAUCCUCGAACACGACGCGAGCCUCAGCCGACAGGACGCUGCGUUUGGCGACAAUGUUUCGUUCAACAGCACUGUCUUCAACGAGACUCGCUCAAAUUGGCAGGAUACAAUCGACGUCCAACAAGCCGCCCAGGCACGUUUAACUCGAGUAAAAACUUCAAAUACAACGAAUCCGACAUUUGGCUUUACAAAGAUUGGGGAACAAUUCAGUGUGGGCGAGUCGGCAGCCUACCUUAUUGUUCUUGGGAACAAAACAACACGCACAGCGAACAGGACGGUGGUAGAGUAUCUUUUUGAGAAAGAACGUCUUCCAACCGAGGUGGGAUGGACACGCCCAGCUGAGCCACUAGGUGGUGGAGAUCUGUUGACGACCAUGGACGAGAUCAGGAAUGCCACUGCAGCGGCAUCAGGCGCUACUCCACAGCAGGCCAAGCGAAUGUUCAUUGAGGACAUUCAUGGAUUCGCGGCGCGUCAAGCAAUGUAG